GCCCCUCUUUGCUAUAACCAUCAUCGUAUCAGAAAAUGACUGCAAAGCCCGUCCAGCUUUGAUGUAGUGUCAAUAGCUAGCCUCUCCUACCACCAUCGUAUACUAUAUCCGAGAAUCAACUAGCAUCUUAGUCGCGAUAAAAUAUCCCUGCACAGGCUUGACGUGGUUCUGAAAUGCGUUUACGGUCUCUAGUGCCCAACACACUUCCUGCAGCUUUCGUUGAUGCUUUGGUUUCAUGUGGCAUUAGAACAGAUGCAGAUCUCUUAUUCUCCGGGUCACCCAUUGAUAUUCUAUCAAAACUACCUCUCAACGUCGUCUCACUAGCUGACCUCAAGAAAUAUAUCGAAACAGUCGCAGAAAAAGCCUCUGCACCUGGCAUUCGGGCAGACGACAUGCUAGCAAAAGAAUUGGAAAGUUCCACCAAUAACGUCGACAGCGAUACGUUCGCAACCGGUAUACACGAGCUAGAUCAGCUCUUAACGUCCAAGGUUCUAUCUCUUCACAUAGUCCUUCGCCAUCUCGCCUUGCACCCAAAUUCCAGGGCACUUUGGAUCGAUACAACGGCUGAUUUUUCCGCACAGAGGACGGCCAUGAAGCUCAAGUUUUAUCGCGGAGAGGUAGGUAUCGAGACAGUCCUUGAACGGCUCCAGGUGUCGUUUCUUUUCGAUGUAAAUGCUGUCCAUGCUGCCCUCGAGGCACUUCGCGUCACUUUGAACAAGGAUCACUCUCCACCGAGGAUCCGCUGUAUAGUGAUCGAUUCCAUCACAUCUCUUAUUGGCCCCAUGCUUAACGCUGUCUCAUCCCAUGGUCACGCGGUAAUGGAAUCAUUUAUGCGUCAGCUUCGAGACCUCGCCCAAACGCAAUCGUUAACCGUCCUAGUCAUCAACAAUACAUCGGCGUUUGCACCUUACAACCCCCUUUCUGCACAGGAUUCGAACGUUAGGAAACCUGCCCUUGGUCCGUCAUUGACUUAUAUGACGGACUGCACACUCUGGCUGGCCAAACAAGAAGGCAGUCCUGCGCCAAGUGGCAAUUCUGAACAAUCCCCAGUAUAUGUUGCAGAAGUCCUGAGGUCGAAGAUGACUAAAUCGGGAACCCAGUGUGCAUUCGAAAUCCAUCAAGGAGUUUUGUACCCGCACGAAUAAUCAUGCCAAUGAAGUCUCCUUACUCUCG